AUGCUCGUCACUCUACCUUUGCCGAGUCGAAUAGUGCAAUACUUUCCACGUGAACUUGUUGCCGUUCUCCAGAAGUUCGCCUUCUACAGCUUUGCCGCCAUGCUUAUUGUGCCUUGGUUGUUUUGCGUUUACCGCAUUGUCACAAUCCCUCUAGGUCGGAAGAAGCUCGUCAAGUACCCCCUCGACGAACGGGUUGCUCCCAAGGUGGUCGUGGUGAUGCCUGUUUACAAGGAACCUGCAGAGACAUUGUGGGCUGCUCUGAAUUCAGUGGUUCAAUGCGACUAUCCUCCUGCCUGUAUACAUGUGUUUCUGUCCUUCGAUGGAGACAGCAUCGAUGAAUUGUACCUGAAGACAAUCGACCAGUUGGGCAUCCCUAUCACUCUGAAAGACUUCCCAAAGUCUAUCGACGUCGCUUUUCAGGGUGCAAGGGUUACAGUGUCUAGAUUUCCCCACGGCGGUAAGCGGCAUUGUCAAAAGGCAACCUUCCUUCUCAUCGAUAAAAUAUACAAGCGGUAUCUGCAGCGGAAAGACGAUCUUUUCAUUCUGUUCAUUGACUCCGAUUGCAUCCUGGAUCCAGUCUGCAUCCAAAAUUUCAUGUACGACAUGGAGCUGAAACCUGGCAACAAGCAUAACAUGCUGGCAAUGACCGGGAUCAUAACUUCAUGCACGAAGAAGAACUCGUUCUUGACAUUGAUGCAAGACAUGGAAUACGUUCAUGGCCAGUUAUUCGAGCGUUCCGUCGAAUCGGGAUGUGGUGCAGUGACUUGCCUGCCCGGCGCUCUGACUCUACUGCGGUUCUCGGCGUUUCGAAAUAUGGCAAAAUUCUACUUCUCUGACAGAGCAGAAGAGUGCGAGGACCUCUUCGAUUAUGCGAAGACGCACCUUGGGGAAGACCGAUGGCUCACGCAUUUGUUCAUGCUGGGGGCGAAAGAGCGCUAUCAGAUCCAAUUGAGCACAAGUGCCUUUUGCAAGACAGAAGCAGUGCAGACAUUUCGGUCGCUUCUCAAACAGCGACGCCGCUGGUUUCUAGGAUUCAUCACCAAUGAGGUGUGUAUGAUGACGGAUGCUCGCCUAUGGAGGAAAUAUCCCCUGCUCUGCCUUCUUCGUUUCAUGACUGUCACGAUCAGGACGACGGCGCUGCUGUUCCUGGUCACCGUCAUAGCUGUGGCCACAACUUCGAGCCGCGUCGAACGACUGCCGUGGGAGUUCAUGUGCAUCUCUUGCGGAUUGAAUUGGCUGUUGAUGCUUUACUUUGCCGUCAAGUUGCACCGCUGGAAGGCAGUCUUGUAUCCGAUCAUGUUCAUGCUCAAUCCCUUCAUGAACUGGGUAUAUAUGGUAUAUGGCGUUUUCACAGCUGGGCAGAGAACCUGGGGAGGGCCUAGAGCAGAUGCUGGCGCCGCCGAUGCUAAAGUGACCCCCCAGGAAGCAAUAGAGUACGCCAUCGCCACGGGAGAUGAUUUGAACGUGGUUCCGGAGACUUUCAAGCCCGCGAUGGAGGUCAGACGACGUCGGACACGCCCUUCAGCCCUUCAGCCAUCCUCGUGUGUCGAAGGCCGCUUCGUCCCAACUGAACAAGAGUCUGGGUUUUGGACGGAGAAAGGAUUGGCUUCGCCGAGUCCGUCAGAGUUCAAUGCGAUCCUCCAUUUGUGCCGUCGGGAGCACGAUUCUCUCGACAUGAGCGACUCGGAAGACAUAUCUGUUCACACUCCCCAGAGAGUUGGCAGCGUAUCCGGUGAGGAUUACACAUCUAACAUCCACGGAUGGAGUCACGGUAAGCUUGCCAGGUCGGCGAGCACGUCAGGUGUACCUCUGUCGCUGGUGAGAGAAAGCUACCACUCGGCUCGAAGUCCUCCUACAAACCUACCUGCACUUCAGCGACAACAAGGUAGAGCCGGCCCGGGGAGAUCAAGAGGAGCUACGCUGAGCACGCCGGCGGCAAGUGAUGCCCAGCCCUCAAGGCAGCUCUGGGAGGUUGCUGGGCGAUAUGAAACGAGAGAUAGACAAAGUCACUGGGACAAUCGAAGUCCACUUGGCCGAGUUAGCCCACUGACAGCAUUACCCAGUGAUGAGAUGUUAAGGCUGCAGGCAGACCCGAAUGUCACCAACCACGGUAACAGCGACGAGACUGGGCGGUCAUCGAUGCGGACGCGGCUUCAGAAGAGGAGUCAGAGUCCUAGUCAAAUGGUAUAG